AUAAACAGAGAAUCACUUUUCCAUGAUAGGUGGCUGCAAUAUUGAAGGAGAAGAUGAGAGCUGGGAUUUCGGCACAGGUGCUGGUUUUUAUGUAGACGCCACUGAGGAACCAUGGAAAACCAACUAUAGAAUGUACUCGUACAUAAAGGAUGAGCUGCCUAAAUUAAUAAAAGCCAAUUUCCCAGCUGACUCAGACAGGAUGUCUGUUUUUGGGCACUCAAUGGGUGGCCAUGGAGCUCUUAUCCUUGCUUUGAAGAAUCCUGGAAAAUACAAAUCUGUAUCAGCAUUUGCUCCUGUCUGCAACCCAGUCCAGUGUCCCUGGGGGAAGAAAGCUUUUGGUGGAUAUCUGGGAUCAGAUCUAACUAAAUGGGAGGCAUAUGAUGCUACCCAUCUUGUGAAGUCUUAUCCAGAUUCUCAUCUUGACAUCUUAAUUGAUCAAGGCAAAGAUGACCAGUUCCUUUCAGCAGGGCAGUUACUGCCCGACAACUUUAUUGCUGCCUGCACAGAGCGGAAAAUCCCUGUAGUCUUUAGAUUGCAACAGGGCUACGAUCACAGCUACUUCUUCAUUGCGACGUUUGUUAAUGAUCACAUCAGACACCAUGCAAAAUACCUCAGUGCUUGAAGCGUAGGAGUCUCUUUUGUCCAGUACAAGUCAAUAUAUACACAAAUGUUAACACAAAUCAGUUGCUGAAUUAGUGCCUAUAAAAUGGAGCCAUGCUGAUAGUAGUGCUAAAAAUCCUUAAUUCUCUUUGUGUACUUCAGAAUAAAUAUUUUGAAUGUGUU